AUGUAUGAGAAUGUGGAUAAAAUAUUUCACAUAAGACCUAGUGAUAACAUGAAAAAGUCUGGUUGGUUUCUCCACUCGGGGAGUGAAACACCAGUCCCAAAGCACAUCUUACCUGCUCUCGAGUCUUUUACAGAGACUAGGAUUUCGGACGCAUCGUGGAAAGGCAUACAGGAUGCUCGCGUACGAAUGGUAAUUCUGACCGUUCUUGCUAAUCGCAAACGUAAUGGACACGUCCAGAAUUGCCGUGGGAUCCGUACACUGCCACCUUCAGCAUACGAGUCUCUCAAAUUUGAAACCGACCAGAGAGUGGAGCUUUUAUGGACAUAUCGGCGUCGCCCUGUACGCUUUGUAGGCACGAUGAGGUAUUGUCUACGGCGUCUUGAUGAGCCUUAUCCCUUAUUCAUCAUCGACGAUAAUCUGCAUAGGGAUCACACGUUAGCGUACCUCGAUAUGAUUCAUCACGCUCGCAAAGAAGCCGGGCUCCCAGGACGAACUAUAUACGGCCUCACGACCGAUAGCUAUGAAUGGUACUUCAUCCGGGUCGAAAAGGACGCUACUUACACCACCCAGCUUCUGUCCGGAUAUCUGAGUCAAUGGGAGGAUAUUGUCUCCGCCAUUGGUGCCAUGAUUGACCACGCAGCUGGAUGUCAAUCGGGAAUCACACUGGGCCCCGCAGAUCUUGAUUGGCAUAUGUGUAUCCUAACGCCCUCGCGACGUGCUUUACGUGCUUUAUCAUGA